AUGCUCUUCGUCUUCUUGUUCAGCACCAUUGAGACAGCCAGAAAGAUCAACUACGCAAAUACCAAACGUAUGCAUUGUCUCGAGUACAUGUUGGGCAUCGCCUUUCUUGUGCUACAUAUACCACUUGGUGUUCUUGCUCUGAUCCGCUUCAGCAGCACCUCUCGAGGCAAUACAUGCGUUGUGGGUCUGCCCAAGGAUAUCCUGAUACCAUCACAAGUUGCGAUUGCUGCUCACAACGUUUACGCUGCUGCUCGCAUAUGCUGGCCUUUGUUGCGCAUCAAGCAUGAGAAGAUCAGAGCAUGGGGCAUCCGUACAAUGAUUGGCGUGUUUCUCUGUGCUGUUGGUGGGUCUCUGACGUUUCUCAUCCUGACGGAAAUUUCUGCCGCGUACAUGUACUACACCGAGCUUAUCUGCCUCCUAUUGGCAGCGAUGAUGUUUGGGUCCAUCGCAGCGUUUAUCAUGACCCUGAACCCUGCGUAUAAAAACUUUUCAAAUGUUUCGCGCUCGACACCGGGUGAAGAAGCUCAGAAUGCGGCUGCUGAUGUUCAGUGUCACAAUUGUUCAAACUGCCAACUUCCAUUGAACUCUGCUAUUCUAGUCAGCGGCCAAGAUGUGCGGACGCUGAACUCGGCUCACUUAUCAGGCAGGCACAAGCAGAAUGCACUCAGUGUCUUGGACAGCAAAAGUGUGGCAGAAUUUCUCUUUGAUGAGGAUUGCUCAGUACCUGCCCCUGCUUUCUCGGGAUGUGAACAGUCUCCAGCACAGGGCUCAGGUGGUCUUCCGGCUAUGGUCCCACUACAAAUGAUGAGCUGGUCAUACUUAAGAGAUUCGGAGAGAAUGAAGUGGCCAUCAGGCCGUCUGGCACCUGGCACCAAACGGAGGACGCAACCCUAUCCGUUACAUUCGGCGCGGCUAGCGCUGCCCAAGAACACAAGUUUCUUCUCCAACAAGGAGCUUUGUUCUACUGACCCACCGGAGAUGGACCUUACUGUCUGUCCUCACGACUCCAACGCUGGGGCGGUAGGAUCCACAGUCAGUCAAAGGCCGCUGACGAGUGGCGACUCUGCAGCUCAGCUGAACAGUGGGGCAGUCAGCCAGUUCCAUUCGCCGCAAUCCUCCAUUGCACCCGGAAUUGCUCAAAAAUUGCAAUUGCCAGAUUUGUCUUCUCCAGCGAUGCGUGCGGCAUUCUUGGAUGCACCUGCCAUCCAAGGUCCUACGUGUCUUAGCAAAGUAGGAGUUGGCAGUAGAUAG